UAAUUUUGGAGGGAAAACUGCAGUGUGUUUGAGAAAAAUUGUUUAUGGUUAAAAAAGAAAAAAAAAGAAAGAAAAGGAAGUAUAGAAAGAAGCAAUACUAUUAUUUGUAUCUCCAGUUUUAGCCUUUAUCUCCUCCCUUCUGUUGUGACAUCUGAAAGCGCGGGCACAAACUUGAAACCCGGUGGAGUUAAAAUGACACUGCUCAGUCCCAGCCGCCCAUUCUCCUUCGCCGGCGGCCACAGCCUCCCCUUCCUCCGCCACCCUAUCCACCUCUCCGUCCAAUCCAAAUGUAGAAUCAAAUGUUCGGCCCAUCUUCCGGCCAACAAGUUUAAGAGACCGUAUACGAGUGUGAUGAUAGUGCCAACCGGGGUGGGCGCCGCCAUUGGUGGCUACGCCGGCGACGCUUUGCCCGUAGCUCGAGCUCUUUCAGCGGUUGUUGAUUGCCUCAUCACCCAUCCUAAUGUUCUUAAUGCUGCGAUGCUGUAUUGGCCGAUGCCGAAUGUAUUGUAUGUAGAGGGUUAUGCUCUUGAUAGAUUUGCUGAGGGGCUCUGGGCUUUACAACCAGUUCACCAGAAUAGGAUUGGAUUGAUUCUUGAUGUUGGAAUUGAGGAAGAUCUUCGCCUUCGCCAUCUACAAGUGGUUGAUGCUGCAAGGGCUUCCCUUGGCUUGCCUAUUGUUGAAUCUGUUGUUACGGAUACUCCAUUAAAGGCGGAAAUAUGGAUAGACCCUAAUAGUGGGAAAUCAACUGGAAGAAUACGGAAUCCUGAUUCAUUGUCAAGAGCUGUGGAGACAUUGGUUACAAGAUCCAGAGUUAAUGCAAUUGCAGUAGUGGCACGUUUUCCUGAUGAAGAUGAUAUUGGAGACGAUGAUUACCGACAAGGAAAAGGAGUAGAUAUUUUGGCGGGAUUAGAGGCAAUCAUAAGCCACUCAGUAGUGAAGAAGUUCUGCAUUCCCUGUGCUCAUGCCCCUGCUAUGUUACCUCCUCCUCUAAGUGUUUCUCUGAGUCCAAAAUCUGCUGCUGAAGAGAUCGGACACACUUUCUUGCCAUGUGUUCUAGCUGGUUUAAGCACUGCACCACAGUAUAUAGUGAAGAACUCUCACUUCGUUGACAGAGACUGCAUAGUAUCAAGUGAUGUGGACUCUGUCAUAUUACCUAUUAAUUCUUUUAGAGGCGAUGGUGCACUUGCAUUUGCAAGUAGCAGGAGAAUCAAGCCUCUUAUGAUAGCCGUGGAAGAGAAUGAAACAAUUCUGGAUGACAUACCUGAUAAACUUGGAAUUCAAGCGAUAAAGGUCUCUAAUUACUGGGAAGCCAUAGGGGUUAUUGCAGCUCACAAGGCAGGAGUGGAUCCAUUUUCACUUCGAAGAGACGCGGUUAAAAACAUCGGGUGCACUCGUUUGAAAGCUUCAAAUGGCAUUGCUGUUGCAGGAGUCAGAUAAUUGUUUAAACUAACCAUAGUCGUUUUCAAAAAAAAAAAAAAAACCAUAGUCUAAUUUUUAUUUAAAUUUUUGGUCAUUCUCUAGUGUUCCUCAUGACUUAUAACAAGGACAUGAGGGAGUAUUUUUUUUUUUUUUUUUUUUUUUCCUUUUCCAAACAACAUGGUGGCCACUGUAACAGCAUUUCUUUUAUACGAGUAGUUACAAAUAGUGUAAGAAUCUCCAGUUGUAAAUGACCCGUCCUAAACCAGAUAAGUGAGUUAUGGGAUCAUCAAUUUGCAAAUUUUGGACAACGUAUGGAAGUAGAACUCGCUCACAAAUUGGAGUAUAUCCCAUCAAAGAAUCUCCAGUUGUAAACAUUAAUCUAACACUGUAUUUGUGCCUAUAAUCCUAGCCCCAGAAAAUGAAUGACGAACUCUGGA